UCGCACACAACCGUAAACAUAUAAGAUAAUACGUGCAGGGUGUCCCGACAAUCGUAGUAUAAUCGAAAAUGGAGUGUGAUUCUUUAUGAAAAAAUAGAAUCAGAAAUAUAAAAUAAAGUUUUUUUUUUUUGUAGGGCCAUAACUUAUUGAGAAAAAACAAUUUUGAAAAUCUGUCUGGUAUGAAUCUGAAAUGGUAUUUGUUGUGCUAUGACAACUUCUGAGGCGAGCUGAUGAAAUUUGAUUGCUGUUAUUACUCCAGCUCCUUCAUCCUUGCAAACAUUCAGAUUGAAAGUGGGAAAUAGUAAGAUGGAGUGUGAUAUGCUUAAUAUGGUAUGAUCAGUUUUAAGAAGUGGUGGGAAUAACUUUAUGACAGUUUCUCUGACAACACUAUAGAUGUGUUUAUAUUUGAAUUUAUAAACGGUCUGGGAAGUUACUGUGUUAUUCUUGUUUGUGAAAUUGUCUUGAUUGUAUAUAAUAUAUUUCUGUAGAAAGUCAUUAAAAAUCAAGACAAUCGUAUGCAUCAAUGUGCACAACCUCCAAAGCUGUUUUUAUAAUACAACAAAUGUUUAUUUAUUAUUUUUGAUGUAUUUCUCUUUUUCAAUUGUAAUACAAUUAUUGGGAUACCUUGUAUGUAUACACAUGUUCCCGUUAAGAAUUUAAUUGCUUAAAGCUUUUUAAUAAUAGAAUUUAUAACAGAACACGAGUAUAGUUCUUGUUACUUAAAUUCAAACUAUAGGUUUUUAAAAGAUAGCAAAAGAAUAAUGAAUGCAUGCGCAGUGCAUUCUAAUAGUGAAUUUACAUUAUUCCUAUUAUUUGCUUGUGGUAAUUUGUAGCCUUGUAACAUCGAUAGAAUAAUUUUGCCAAUGGUACAAACAAGUGUGUCUAUUAUCUUCUUCAAAUGAAGCAUAUGUGCUCUUAUACUACUUAAAGUAAAGGAGAAUGUCAUAUGCAUUUGUGCAAACAGUUAUAUGCUUUUUUGGUCUAUUGGUUCAUUGUUUCAAUAAAUGAAUUGUUACAUAGUAUAAUCUUCCCUUCGUUUAACAGAAAGAGAAUGUUAUUUAUGUAUGUGAAAUAGACUAUUGUGUUCUUAUUUUUUUGAAGUUUUCAUUAAUAAUGUUAGAUACAAUUCACUUUAUUCAAAAUAGAUAUAUCCUACGUUUAUCCUUGCUACCAUUACUCAUAAAAUCAUGAAAUACUGACAUUGCACAUUGCAUGAUGUCAUCAUAUAUGUAAUAGUUCAGUGUUUCUCAAACUAGGGUUUAUAGAGUGUCAGGAAUAAAAACAUAUUAUACCAUCAUUUUUAUUAAGAUUGUCUAAUCUAAAGAACGACAAUUUUUUUUUAUUUUUUUUUUUUUAUUCUUGGCUUAAAAACAGUUAAUUUAAUAUAUUUACCUAUGGACACUUUAAGAACACAAUUUUUUCAUACAGAAAUAUUCAUUCCUCAAAGAAAUAUGUUAACCGAAAUGCUUUAGUGAUUCUAUUAUUUUUUAUUUUUACAAGUUGUGUUGAGUGAAAGCAAUACUGUCAUUGCUCCUCUUCUUAAUUUCUGAGGAGCAGCAUCAUCCAUCUCUUUAAAUUUAGGGUCUGUGACAAUGCGGGAAAAGAAGGGAGGUGCUCUUAGCAGGGUACAAAAGCUGAAAAAACGACUUAGCCACAGCUUUGGGAGGCUUUCAAUAUCAAAAGAAGAGGCUGACGAUGUUACAAACAGGGGUCAACUGCCAUAUAAUGGCUAUUCCGAGGAGUUCCUAGACCGUUUGGAACCAAACGGCAAUAUACCUGCAGAUAAGGAUCGCCGUUAUGAAUGGACAGGUAUGGGCGACCAUGAGAGAGUGCAUCGGCAGCUUUCCGUUUCUAGUGAUUCCAAGCUUCUCGACGAGGAUAUACGCGAAGAAACAAGAGUUAUCUUGCGACCUCGACGUCCACCACGACCCAAGUCAGAGGUCUUCCUUGGGCCAGAUCCACCUCCUAGAAGAACCAAAAGAUUUUCAGCAUUUGGGGGAGAUUCUCCUUUUGGUAAAUCUGAAGCUUAUGUAAAACUGGAACAAUUAGGAGAAGGAUCGUAUGCCACAGUGUUCAAAGGCUAUAGUCAUCUUACAAAUCAAGUGGUGGCACUUAAAGAAAUUAGACUGCAAGAAGAAGAAGGUGCUCCAUUUACUGCCAUUCGCGAGGCAAGCCUUCUUAAAGAAUUGAAGCAUAGCAAUAUUGUAACCUUGCACGACAUAAUUCAUACGCGCGAGACACUUACUUUUGUUUUUGAAUACGUUCAUACCGAUUUAUCUCAAUAUAUGGAGAGGCAUGGGAGUGGUAAUGGAGGUUUGGAUCCACGGAACGUUAAAUUGUUUUUAUUCCAACUGUUAAGGGGAUUAGCAUAUUGUCAUCGGAGGAGGGUACUACAUAGAGAUGUAAAGCCACAAAAUUUAUUAAUCAGUGAAAUAGGAGAACUGAAGUUAGCAGAUUUUGGUUUAGCAAGAGCUAAAUCUGUACCGUCGCAUACGUAUUCGCACGAAGUUGUGACUCUAUGGUACAGGCCACCCGACGUUCUUUUGGGUUCCACAGAGUAUUCUACCUCACUUGACAUGUGGGGAGUAGGUUGCAUAUUUAUGGAGAUGUUGACUGGUGAACCAACAUUCCCAGGUGUACGCUGUACGUACGACCAACUUGAUAAAAUAUUCAAAGUAUUGGGUACCCCUACCGAAGAAACUUGGCCUGGUGUCACACACCUGCCAGGAUACAAACCACAUAGACUGGGAUUCUAUCCUCCACGAAAAUUGGGUCUUUCAUUUCCUAGACUCUAUGAUAUUGCUGAUGGCGAUAGUAUGGCGUCGUCGCUUCUACAGCUAAAUCCUGAUCAACGGAUAGGAGCUGAAGAAGCAUUAAGGCAUCCUUAUUUUGCCUCUCUUCCUAGAAAACUAUACGAGUUGCCUGACGAAGUAUCGAUAUUUAGCGUUGAAGGUUGUCAUUUAUAUACAAAUUCGAGGCACGGGUGUGCAGAUUCACGUCACACAGCUCUUAAGACUUGAGGUUAAGAGUAAACAUAAAAGAAGUAGCUAAUAAGUAAUUCCCAAAUUCACACGUUCAGUGAAAACGUUCAUUUUCAUACAAUUCAGAUCCACACAGGCGGUAUGCCAUGACUCACUUAAACGUCAUUUCCACGCGCGUCGGUCGCUCUUUCUCAGGGCUGUUCCACAAAUUCCAAUCAUUGUUCAUACAACACUCGCAUACACACACGUACACAUUAUUACGACCUUCGUUCUUGUUUUCGUGUUUCUUUCUUUGAAAAAGACUAUUAUACUUAUCAAGUGAAUUAACGAUUAUAACUGGCAAAGAAAAUACGAAAGUAAGCUAUCUGUGGCUAAAUGAAGUAAAACGAUUUUAUGAGAUUCGCACGCUCGAUUUAGAAAGCAAAAGCACGCACGACCCAUCCUCGCACUUCGUCCAAAUACUAGAUUUAGAUUGAUACCAAUCAAAAAAAAAAAGUACUAUACCGCCUUGCGUCUCUCGACCCCAACCUGAGUCAAAUUUGGAGUUGGCGGUUGCUGGUUAGAGAAAAUAUAAUGAAAUAAUUAUAACUUAGGAAAAUUCUGGAAGACCUGUAAUACUUUAUAUAAAUUUUAUGCUGUUUUUUGAGUCUACCGUUGGUUGCUGAGACAAUUGAAUAUAUUGGUAUGUAACGAAAAAAAUCAUUGUUCGAAUUAAACUAGUUGUUAAUUAUAUGAACGUGAUGAUAGGAAAUAAAUAGAAAACUAAGAAUAUAGGGAUAUCAGUAUGGAUCAAGUGUCGUAGCUACCAACAUCGUGAAAACACGGCAAGACUUACGAGCAACUUAUCGCUGAUAGUAUCGAGGGUAGUGAUCUAGUUGUAAGAAUUAAUAUUAGCGUACUAGCGUCGAUAGAGGUUUAUAUCGACAUUACAAAGUAGUAUCUAUCGAUGAUAGUAAAUCAAGAACGAAGUAAUAAUUUUAGACUUAAUCGAAUCCAAUUUGUUCAAUCGCUCGUAUACUAUAAAACAGCCAAUGGUGCUUGAACGAAUUGUAGGAGAAAAAAAAUGUUAAUGAUUUUUGUAUUAGUUAUUUAGAAAUGAUUGUUUGGCGAAUUUUGUUUUCGAAUGGUUUUACAAAGCCAUGUAUCUAAAUGAACCAACUUUAAUAACGUUGCAAUAGUAACAUAGGAUAAGGUAAAAUGGUGUUACAGUCCUUCCGAGUUUUGUCUAAGCUACGAUGAUUACUACGGUAAUAUUACUCCUUUUAGUAGUUACAUUUAUACCGAUUUUUCAACACACUUAUAAAAAUAUCAACGAGGCGAAAGCAAAAAAAAAAUGAAAAAAAUAUUUCGAAAAAAUUUGAGACAUGUUAUUGCUACUAUUAUUACUUAUUACGAUUAUUAUUUGACAAAAGACGCGCAGAAGGUAGAUUGUACAUAGAGCAAACAGGUUCGUAUUAUUGAUGACGCUGAGAUAGCUGAGCUGAGACUAAUAAAUGUGACUUUGUAAUAAAUUAAAGUGUAGUUCGGUACACUCUAGACCCUGUUCUUCGUUAGGUUUUCCAUGUGCAACAACCUACAAAAUUGUUUUAGGUUUUUGAUGUAACAUAAUACAGAACCACUUGUAUUUGUAAUACUUAUUCUGCUUAAGUAUUGAUUUUAUACACGUUUAUUUCCUUAUAAUUAUAUUUUAUUUGUAAUUUUUCUAAGAAAUUAUUGAUAUUCAAAUUGCUUCAAACUUGUACUGAGAAAGAUAAAGAACUAUGUUUUUGAA